CAUUAUAAGUAAAGUUGGAUUAAAAUAUGUGUAAUUAUUCAUAGGAACAAAUUUAAAAUAAAAAUUUGAAGUCAUAUAUUAAGAAUUAUGAGGUGAUACAAUAUUUUACGAACACGAGAUGGGUAUUACUGGCUUAAUACCUUUUCUUGAAAAGGCGUCAAGGAAGACCAAUAUUAGUGAAUUUAGUGGUUCCACGGUUGCAAUAGACACCUACUGUUGGCUUCAUAAAGGUGCUUUCGCAUGUGCUGAGAAGUUAGUUCGUGGAGAAGACACCGAUGUGUACGUAAAAUAUUGCUUAAAAUAUGUUACAAUGCUGCUCUCAAAAAAUAUCAAACCCAUUUUAGUAUUUGACGGACGACAUCUCCCUGCUAAAGCUAUGACUGAAAGUAAAAGAAGAGAGUCUCGACAGACUUCUAAGAAAAGAGCUGCAGAGUUAUUGAGCUUAGGAAAGAUUGAAGAAGCAAGGUCCUUCAUUAGACGAAGUGUGGACAUCACUCAUUCAAUGGCACUAGCAUUAAUAAAGGAGUGCAGGAAACGUAAUGUCGACUGCAUAGUAGCACCUUAUGAAGCUGACGCCCAGCUGGCCUAUCUCAAUGUUAACAAUUAUGCACAAUUGGUUAUCACUGAAGAUUCGGACUUGAUAUUGUUUGGAUGCACAAAGGUGUUAUUUAAAAUGGACCUCGACGGAACCGGUACACUCGUUGAAACAGCUAAACUACCUCUCGUUAUGAAAUGUCCCAUAGAACAUUACACGUUUGAUAAAUUCAGACAGAUGUGCAUCCUGUCGGGCUGUGAUUAUCUCGCUUCCUUGCCAGGUAUUGGGUUAGCGAAAGCAAGGCAGUUUGUGACAACUACUCAAGAUUCGAACUUUGCUAAUGCUUUAAGAAAGUUACCGAGUUUCUUCAACAGGUCGAACUUAACAGUGUCAGAUGAGUAUAGGGAGAAUUUCUUAAAAGCAGAAGCCACUUUCAAACAUCAGUACGUAUACGAUCCUAUUGAUAGGAAGAUGGUGAGACUUACGGAACCAGAUGAUGAAGAUAUAGAGACAGCAUUAUGCGGAAACGCGGGCGAACUCUUGGAGCCUGAAAUUGCAUUUCAAUUAGCUUUAGGAAAUCUGGAGCCAUUUACUUUAAAGAAAUUAGAUGACUGGCAUCCUGACCAUUGUAGUAUUAAUGUGAAUGACAAUAUAAAGACAACUAGUUGGAAUGAUAAGGGUGUAUCUAAUCAUCCAAGUAUAUGGAGUACAAUGUUUAGAGAGUAUUUAAACAAUUCAAGUCCAUGGGCCAAGAAGGUUAAAAAGCAAGAGCUCAUCACGUCCACACACACAAGGGCUCGGAAGAAAGUAGUUACUUUGGUGAACAAAUAUGUACCGGAGACGCAGGAUCAGAGUUUAUCAAUUGAGACAUUAAGCAACAUGUACCGUAUGGAACCGGCAACGAAAAAGCAGAAAAUUGACAUUGAUAAUCCGACUCAAUGCUCUGAUAUCGACAGCCAGAAUGAACACAACAUAGCAACUAUUGAGGACGAUACCGACGAAAGACAGAGUAAAAAGUCACCGAUAUUAGAAAACAAAAGAAGAUCUUUUAAAAAAUGUCUCAGAAGUAAUAGUUACUCUGUUAUGAAGAAAUUGAGUAAUUUUCCAAGGACAGUUAUAGAUCAGAAUGUAAUAGAGAGUAAAUUUUUUAAUUCGAACGAAGAUCAACCUUGUACGCAAAGCAUUAAAAGUGAUAUCUGUGUAAUCGAAGAAUCUCCAGAGAAAAGCGCUCCAUUUAAAACCACAUCAGAAGAUUUAGAAGUAAUAGAAUGUUCAGAAAGAUCAGACUCUUUACUGGGAAGCAUUCAAAAUUCUCUUAGUCCCGUAAAAUAUGAAAAGAAAGCUAUUUUGGAACCAAGUCCGAAAUCUAGGAACCCGUUUAAGUUAAAGACAGACACACAGACGUCUACAGAUACAGGGUUUAACGAGUCGGUUGUGGAAGACACUUGUGGAUUUGAUUCGAAUAUUAUACUUGAUUCUCAGAUUUCUGUCGAAUAUUCUCCCACCAAAGCGGUAUCUCCGCCUUCUCUACUGAAGUUUAGAAGUAAUAGUUUUAAAAGGUCGACCUGUCGAGCAACGGCUGCCAAGAAAACACCACUUCCGAGCAAUCAACCCACCUUAUUGAGCAUGUUUGGUUUUCAAAAAAAACCAGCAUUGAAGAGAUGAAUGCUUAAAUCAAGAUAAUUGCAAUUAUUGUGUAUAGAAAAGUUGUUUGUUUUUAAGUUUGACAUUUGUUAUUCCUAUUGCCAUUACUAGAAUGUAUUAUCUAUUUGUAAUGUAAAACCCGGUCAUAGCAUCUGUGUCGAUGACGUCAUAUCGUACUUGUACGGUGUGAGAAACGAACAUAACUAGAAAUAUUAAUAACUGACAUUUGUUUUGUAUAAUGUUUGAACUUUGAAGUAAUAAAUAAGUGAUAAAAGCGACAGAAAAUAAAGGGCGACACACUCCAGCGACGUGCACAGAUGUCGAUUCGAUGUUGGGUGACCGUGUUAUCGGCUGUUUGUUUUAAUGUACCUGUAUUAAUUUAAAAAAAAAAAAACUUGUCAACAUGUUUUUGCAAAAACAAACAUUAAGUUCAAUUGUAAGGGAUAAAAGUAAUAGGCAUAUAAAGCAAUUGAGAUUCUAAUGAUAUUUUUAGUCUAAUAUUUUUAGUCUAUGCCCAUAAGCAGAUAUGACAACUUGCCAAUAACCAUAGACAAUGGCGUUUGCCCUCGUAGAUUUUAAAAUAUAUAGAGAAGCACAUAAUAAUAAUGAAUUAUUCUAAUAAGUACGAUUUAAUAGGAUUUGUAAAAUAACUUUGUAUUAUUGGAGGUCUGACUAUGAUAAUUGAUAUAUAAAAAAUAUAAAUUCCGCUAAUUUUUUUCCAUCGAA